AAAAUCCAACAGGGAGAGAAGCUGCGUACGGUUUAGAGGGUUUACGUCCGGUAGCUAAAUCCGUCUCCAUCCUUGUGUUUUUGGGGCAAUGUUGACCGUAAAAAUGCGGAGAGCAUAAUCUACGUGUUCCACACUACCGGACGACACCGAUAUUAUAAGUCUCCGUUACUCAGAAAGAUCAUAAAGCGAUGGUGAAAUCUGGUACAUUGUUACAGCAGCAGCUGAAGGGGAGGAGGGGGGGCGGGGGGCUGUAAAACAGGAUAUUUACCGAGCAAAAACAUCAACAAAACGGUAACGGCUGGACAUUAACGGUUACUAGCGACGGUAGCGGGAACAUCAGAGACGGUUACUAGCCGUUACCAUGGAGCUGAGAGUGGGGAACAGGUACAGGCUGGGCAGGAAGAUUGGAAGUGGAUCUUUUGGGGACAUCUACUUAGGCACAGAUAUUUCAGUUGGUGAAGAAGUUGCAAUCAAGUUGGAAUGUGUGAAGACCAAACACCCCCAGCUCCACAUCGAGAGCAAGAUCUACAAGAUGAUGCAAGGAGGAGUGGGCAUCCCAACGAUAAAGUGGUGUGGAGCAGAAGGUGACUACAAUGUGAUGGUGAUGGAGCUGCUGGGGCCCAGCCUGGAGGAUCUCUUCAACUUCUGCUCCCGCAAGUUCAGCCUCAAGACGGUCCUGCUGCUGGCCGAUCAGAUGAUCAGUCGCAUCGAGUACAUUCACUCCAAGAACUUCAUCCACAGAGACGUGAAGCCUGAUAACUUCCUGAUGGGUUUGGGCAAAAAGGGCAACCUGGUCUACAUUAUUGACUUCGGCCUGGCGAAAAAAUAUCGAGACGCUCGCACACACCAGCACAUCCCUUACCGCGAGAACAAGAACCUGACGGGCACCGCACGCUACGCCUCCAUCAACACACAUCUGGGGAUUGAGCAGUCGAGGCGUGAUGACCUGGAGUCCUUGGGUUAUGUUCUCAUGUAUUUUAAUCUGGGCUCGUUGCCGUGGCAAGGCCUCAAGGCUGCUACCAAGAGGCAAAAGUACGAACGCAUCAGUGAGAAGAAAAUGUCCACCCCUAUUGAGGUGCUUUGCAAGGGAUACCCAUCUGAGUUUGCAACCUACCUGAACUUCUGCCGCUCGCUGCGCUUCGAUGACAAGCCGGACUACUCGUACCUACGGCAGCUCUUCAGGAACCUGUUCCACCGACAGGGCUUCUCUUACGACUACGUGUUUGACUGGAACAUGCUCAAGUUUGGAGCGAACCGAGCAGCAGAGGAAGCAGAGAGGGAGCGGCGGGACCGGGAGGACAGGCUUCGACACGGCAGGAACCCCGGAGCCAGAGGAUUACCUGCUGCAUCAGGACGACCACGAGGAACUCAGGACGGAGCCCCGCCCACCCCGCUAACACCCACCUCACACACAGCGAACACUUCCCCUCGACAAGUGUCCGGGAUGGAACGGGAACGAAAGGUCAGCAUGCGGCUUCACCGCGGCGCUCCGGUCAACGUGUCGUCCUCAGACCUGACAGGACGCCAAGACACGUCCCGCAUGUCCACGUCACAGAAUAGUAUUCCCUACGAGCAUCACGCCAAGUAGACGCUCGCCACGUCCUUGUGUGACGGCGGCAACACUGGAUGGUGUCCGGUGUUCCUACUGCUGGUCUCCAUCUCCUCGCUCCUCGAUGAGCCCCCACACUGUACCCUGGCAGACCAAGACCAGUAUCUGGACCAAGCAAUCCCACAUACUAAUACUGCUACUCAUUACUAACAACUACUACAGCGACCACUGGAAGCUUGAUGGAAGCUUCUGACUCUUGUACAAAACUCCUCCUCCUUCAAAAAACAAAAAUAAACAAGCUGCCACCACCUGAUUCUGACUGGGCGGUACUGUGUCCAGGGUAACCGUGGCAGCCAGUACUGUGUCCAGGGUAACCGUGGCAGCCAGUACUGUGUCCAGGGUAACCAGGGCAGCCAGUACUGUGUCCAGGGUUACCGUGGCAGCCAGUACUGUGUCCAGGGUAACCGUGGCAGCCAGUACUGUGUCCAGGGUAACCAGGGCAGCCAGUACUGUGUCCAGGGUAACCGUGGCAGCCAGUACUGUGUCCAGGGUAACCGUGGCAGCCAGUACUGUGUCCAGGGUAAUCGUGGCAGCCAGUACUGUGUCCAGGGUAACCAGGGCAGCCAGUACUUUGUCCAGGGUUACCGUGGCAGCCAGUACUGUGUCCAGGGUUACCAUGGCAGCCAGUACUGUGUCCAGGGUAACCGUGGCAGCCAGUACUGUGUCCAGGGUUACCAUGGCAGCCAGUACUGUGUCCAGGGUUACCAUGGCAGCCAGUACUGUGUCCAGGGUUACCAUGGCAGCCAGUACUGUGUCCAGGGUUACCAUGGCAGCCAGUACUGUGUCCAGGGUUACCAUGGCAGCCAGUCUUUUCUAGGACACUAACUGAGCAUUUGUCAUUGAUGACCCGACAUUUCCACAGUCUCACUGUCUGCUAGUUCAUCAAUAAAACCUUUUUUUUUCUCUUUUGUUUGGUUAAGUGUAUUAAUGACAAACAGCAGCUUUUCUUUUUUUACUUAUACACACUUACACACAGACACACACACACUCUAUGUAUUUGUAUGGGUAGUUUUCGGGAUGCUUUUCACUGAUAUUUCCAGUUUUCCUUCUGUCUCUCACUAACUUCUGUUUCCAACUAUCACGACUUCCACUGACGGCUCUCUCCAGUCACUAUAUAGCCAUUUGUAUUAAAUAAAAGGAAAGUACUUAUUUGCAUGUUUUAGAGGUGAGGAGGCGAGUUAAAAACCCAUGAAUGUACCAAAAAUCUGCUUUAGUAUGUUGGGUGCAGGAGGUUGUGUAAUCACCCGUUAGUUCUGUGUGUUUAUUCACCUCCAGGCUCUGAGUCCUGUCCCCCUUUCAGUGUUCUGUACAAAGGAAGUGCACUUUAUGUGGGGCAUAAAGGGGAUCAGUUCACAUAUUUUAUCAUGUUCAUCGACUGUGUACAGAUAAAACACUUCUCAUUUCUCUUAUUUGUACUAUUUCUAAGCUGUGAAUUACUUGUAUUGCUGUGUAAAUGUUUGAUCAUCCGGAGGGGACCCGGGUCUCAACACGACUUGGGACUCGGUCUUGGAAUCCAGCUGCUGCAAGUUUGGGUUUCCAUUAAUGUGGUGGUGUCCCGUCAGUGCGCCCCCUGCAGAGCCUCGGGGUUGUUACAGGAGCUGGUGCACUGGAUGUUAAAAAGACAUUUAGUGUUUGAGGCUGAUGCUCUCAGUGAGCAGCAGUCAAACACCACAGGCACCCAAAUGAAUCUUUGUGAAUCCUCAAACAAUUAUUGAAAUGACACAAAGCUGAACAUUUCACAGGCUUAUUUAGUUUGUUUUUGUUUUGUUUUUUAAAUAAUUUGUCAGAAUGAAAUAUAGCCUCUUGUAAUUCAUUUUUGCUACUCCUCAUUCUGAAUUUUUAGCCUCUCUUGACCUCUUUGCAGGUCAGCCAUUCUACACCUAAUAAUGAAUUAUGUAAGCAACCAGAACAGCAAGAUUUACUUUCUCACAUUUAUAUUUGCCACUGUAUUUGUGUACUUAAACUGUAAAUAAAUGAAUUACUUGUA